AUCCAGUGGUUUCUUCCUUUUGAUUUGCACAUCUUUAUGGAUGACACAUUGAUCAAGAUGCAGGCAUAUGUUAUACAAUUUUUUCAUAUAUGGCAGCAUCGACAUUUUACUUUUAUCUAUUAUUUAUGAUCAGUUGAUUACUAUUUACUAUACUAGCUUGUAUAUUUUGCAGAAAACUGUAUCAUAAAUCAUGUGAAUUUGCCAUGUUUAGGAUGUAAGACAUGUCAUUUUAGAAGAAGUGGCCGAGGGAAUUUAACCUUACAUAUUUUUUCCUUUUUCGUUUUCUUCUUGAAAAAGGAUGAAAAUUCAGUUUCAUUUCAAUCAAACAUUAUAUGUUAUACAUUGAAAUCAUUAAUUUGAUGAAUUUGAUCUGAAAUAUUUAUAUCAAAUUCAUAUCUGAAUAUUAGUUUUAUUGUUUAAAGAGUCGCAUAUUGAGAUUCAAUAUUGUUUCGGUGAGGACCUGUGCGGGCAUGUGUUUAGUCCCAUCGAUUAUCUGCCGGAUAGAUCUUGAGUACUUAUAUAAGAUUAAGGAACGUGAAUAAUAUCUUAUGGCUAGCCAUUUUGGGUGAGAUCCUAAAUUGUUACAAAUGGUAUCAGAGCAGAUCUGACUCAGACCUAUGCGGAGUAGAGGACAUUGUAGCGCGAAUUCAUUAGGGUUAAUCACAUGCCGAUCGUAGUGCUUAUAAUUAGAUUUGAAUGUAUUUGAAUCCUUAACCUGACGAGGAUAUCAGGGCUUAAAAGGAGAAAGUAUGUGAGGACUUGUGCCUUCUAGCUAGCCAUUUUAGGUGAGGUCCUGGGUUGUUAGAAAGAAAAAAACCCCAGCCAGAUUUUUGGGUGCAGAACGUUUGUGUAUGCGGGAUGGCGAGUGCUGACUUUCCAUCUUGGUCGUGCGUCGUAAUUGUCGGAAUUAGCCAGAUUUUUGGGUGUGGAACGUUUGUCCAUGCAGGAUGGUGAGUGCUAACUUUCCAUCUUAGCUGCGUGUCGUAAUUGCCGAAAUUAGCUAGAUUUUUGGGAGCUGAAUAUUUGUCCGUGCAGGAUGGCAAGUGCUGAUUUUCCAUCUUAACCGCAUGUCAUAAUUGCUGAAAUUAGCGAGAUUUUUGGGUGUGGAAUGUUUGUACAUGUGGGACGGCGAGUGCUGACUUUCCAUCUUGGCUGUGUGUCGUAAUUGUCAGAAUUAACUAGAUUUUUGGGUGGGGAAGGUUUGUCCGCGUGGGAUGGCCAGUGCUGACUUUUCAUCUUGGCCGCACAUAGUAAUUGCUGGAAUUAACUAGAUUUUUGAGUGUAGGAUGUUUAUUCGUGCGGGAUGGCUAGUGCUGACUUUCCAUGUUAGCCGCGCGUCUCCCUAUUUCUUUUCCUCUCUUGAGCUCGACCAUCACCUAUCCUGCUUCUCUUCUUGUUCUUUUUCUUCUCUCUCCCUCUCCCUGUCUUCGGCAUCGCUGGCACCCAUUACCAGGCCUUGACGACACCUUUGAUCAAGUCGCUAACCAAAGAACUUCCAUCUCUCUUAUUUCAAAGGUUUUGGGCAAUCACGGGCAUCAUUUUAUUGCUCACCACAUGUUUGAUGGAUGCCUCAACUGGAUGUUGUCUCAAAAUUCGGUAAUUAUUCUUUUGUUAUGCAAAAGAGAAAAAAAAUGAAGAUCCCAUCUCUUGCUUUAUUCCUUCUCUCUCUAUCUCUCCAAUGAUGUUGAUCUACCCGUGUUGGUCGGACCUUAUUUCUAGAUUGGCAGCCCAAACCCAUCAAAUCCCCAUAUUUCACCUCUCUGAUUUUUGGUCCAUCAAGAUCUCGACCUCUUUCCUUGAACCACUAGAGUUCUGGGGCGUCGCCAUAGCCGACCAUCCAAGAUAAGACAUUUUGAUCUAUGUUUAUUUCCCUCAUAUGGACACUGAACUCAUUUUUCCAAGUGCAGAUCAUUGUUAGGCAACCUAAUUGUAAUAGCUAUACGAAUUUUGCCUUUUUGUCCAAUUAUAAUCUAUUCCGUUUCAUAAAGCUGAUUUUUCCAUGUUUAAGUCUAUGGCUCAAAUAAUUGACUUGUUUCUGCCUUUGAUCAUAUGGUAUCUUAUACUUACAUUUGAAAGCCAUUGAUUCUUUUUUCCCUUUUGAUCUCGCUUGAUCAUUAAUUAUGUUGAAUUACAUGUUAGAUUCUAUUGAUGCUAAACAUCAAACUACUUUGAUCGUUGUGGGGUCUAUGACUUAUCUGUAUUUGACCAUCUCUUGAUUGCUUUUGCCACAUGUGUUUUUCUUGAGUUUGAUAGCAAAGGCUUUUAAAAUUGGAUAUAUGCCGUAAGGUCAUCUGUAGCUAGUCAAAAUAGAUGUUUCUUUCUCUAGUCCAUGUUGCAAAUCCCACAUAACUCAUAUAAGCAUAUCCAGAAAUGCACGGUUCCAUAUCCAGAAAUGCAUGGUUCCAUUAGGGCAUGUGGACUUAUGAUCUUAAAAGGAAUAUGGCUACAUUGGUUGUAUUAUAGCCUUGAUGCAAAAUUAAGCAAGCACAACAUCCAUUCAUGUAUGCUUUUGUAAGAUCAUAUUGAAAUACAAUGACAAAUUACCAAAUAGUGGUAUUUAGCUCAGUUGUAUUUGCUCAAAAAGUCUUUCAUCCCAAUAUAUCUUUUUCCCAUUUUAACUACGUCCUAGUUUGAAGUAAAAUCCUCUAUUAGCGGUCAAUGUUGGAAUGAUUUUUGAUCCUUCAUUAUGACCCUCCUACUAGUAGAUCCUCAUCUUGCCCCAACUGAUCGAGAUCAACAACCUUGAUCAUGUUGUCCCUUCUAUGAUCUGAUCAAAUUUGGGAUGUCGGGCACCAUCACCUGGCUAAUCCUUCUCCCUCCGCCUUCCAGUUUGGGUGUAGUCGAUUUGCCAAAUCGAACCUAGUGAUCUUUGGGUGUACCAAGAUAAUUAAGGUUGCUAGGAGCGAGGAAGAAUUAAUGACUGAAGAAUGAAACAAUAAAGCUUGAAGCAUAGUUGCAAGCUAUCAAUAAGUAUAGUUAUGUCUAUGAAUUCGUAUGUUGGAUUUAGAUGUCUUGUACCCGCUUCUUUUUGUUUAGCAAAUGGAAUUGGACAAAUAUUUUCUUAUUAUGCUAUAUGAAUUGUUAUUGUAGGCUUCGUGUUAUUGUGGGCAAUAUCCUACGGUAGCACGACCAUGUCAUGCUCCGGAUCUGGGGCGUGACAAUUUCUGUUGGAGAAAACUCGGGGAGAUAAAUCACAAUGUUUAAAGAAGAAGUGCUUACUUGAUGAUGGUUAAACAGCAUUGCUGGUUAAUACUAUAGCUUCGUACAGAAAGUGGCUGAUGUGAAAAGCAGGUCAACAUUUGAAGGAAGUACAAAUUUUUGAUGAUUUCUUUCUUGAGGAACCAGUGGAUGAUCCUGCAAUGCUCAUAAUAACGCCCCAUAGGAUGCCCGUAAAGCUUCUUAUCAACAUUAGAUUUAUUGGCCUUUGCAAUUUUCUGGCUCCUGCAAGGAGCUGCGAUGAAUGGACCGAUGGAGUUCGGUAGGUUUACUUUGGGCUGCAUAAAGGUUGAUUAGGGGCCCUUUGGUUCAAACAAUUUGUCUUGGUGUUUUUUUCUUUUGAAGAAAACAACUGUCUCGGUUUUGGAAAUUGGCUGUAAUUACCUGUGCUCUUGCCUGGCUUAUUAUGAUUGGUGACUGGUUUCCUUUCUCAGCUGCAAGCCUUUUAAGUUUCUUGCAUGCUUCAUGAAGUGAACCAAGUUUCCAUCUCAUCAUGCUUUCAAUGUCAAGGUGAGGGGUCAAUGAAUUGAGGUCAUGACCGUCUCUUGAUCCCUCUCCCCUGACUAGCCUUCAGGACAGAAGGUGGCCUUGGUUCUAUAUGCUACAGGGGAAUCACUAAUCAGCCGCCUAAUUUGUACAUCUCUAGUGGCCUCAUCAAUCUAGGAACCAUUAACUGCUUCCUGGCUGCCCUCUGCACUUCAAAACUUCUGAAGAUAUAGCUAUGAAAGACUUUCUGCAGUUUGAUUCCUACUCAGAUAUGUGCAUGAACCUAACUUGAAUGAAUUGUUUUGAGAUUUUCUCCUGUUCUUUACCUCUUUCUUAGUGAUGCUUUGCCACCGUGCUUCAUUCAAUUCAGGCAAUGGAACCAAGAUGAGGAAGCCAAGGACUGAGCCCAAGAUCGCAAAGAACUGGUAGUUUCUGCCGUUGAGCCCCAGCAUACAAUGUCGGCCGUUAUCCAAGGCCUUGCUUGCGUCCCGAGACGCAAGCGUAACGGCCGUCCCAUUUAGCAUAAAGCCUCUGUAUAAAUGGGGUUCGUUGAUCAUAAAGCGGGAAGCAGGAGAGCGAGACUGAAGUGAAGCUCUCUCUCACUCUCCUUUUACUUUGCUUUGCUUUCCGGCCAUGGCGAGCGGCGAGCCCCAGAAGCAACUCCUCUCGCUAAUCCGCGAUUUCGUCGCCGAGAAGUCCCAAGGAGAGCGCAGGGUUGCGGAUCUUAAGAAGCGAUUCCUCGAGGUCCAGACCGAUCUGGACGCCGCCAAUGCCCAUCUGGAGGCGGCCAAGCGGACCAAGGAGGUGAGCGAGCAGGAGCUCAAAGGCUCCCAGGUUCAGCUUUCCAUGGCCUUUGCCUCGAUCAAAACUCAGGAGGCGAGGAUUUUUCUGCUGCAGGAGGAGAUUUCGAAGGUCGGAUCGGAUCUGGAUGCACUCAAGGCUGAAGAGAACGUGCAGCGAGAUGAGUUUAUUAGCACGAUGAAUGAGUUGAACGUGAAGAUAAGGCAAUUUCAGGAGAUGGUUGUCUGUGAUUUCCAGAAACAACGAUGCCCAGAACUUUCAUCAGAUAAUGCAGACAAAUAUAAUAGUUGCAACCAAGUUCUUGAUGUGCAAGAUGCUCUUAAAGAUUUGAAGGAUAGGAUUGAGUGUAUCAAUGCUCAGAUGCAUAAAUCAGAAGAUGAGUACCAAAGAGAAUUACAUUAUCAUGAUGAGGUUUCCAAGGAGCUACCCAAUGUUAAAAGAAGAGGGUUCCUUGUGGAGGCUAUUUUGGGAGAAAUGAAACUGCUGCAAGAGCUAGCAGGGCAGACUAAUGAACUGGAGAAGGCUUAUGCUUCAGCUGGGGGGGAGUUACAGAGGAGGUAUGUAUGUCCCAGAUGUGGUUGUAACAACAUGGGAGACUUGGGAGGAGCUGAAGCUAUUGAAAAUAACUGAUUUUUUUUCAUAUGAAGAACUCAAGUCCUGUAUAUGCAGCAAGCAAGCAGAGCAUGUAGUGGCAGAUGCUUGGGUAUAUAUGCCAUGGACAAUCUUGGUACAUUCAUGUCUUAGUGGUCAUUUUUGUUUGCUUCUGCUAUGCUCUUCAGCAGGACAUGUAAGAAAAAGUGAAAGGAGAGAAAAGGCAACAACAUGAUCUUGUUUGCUAUCAACUCCUAAAUGAUCCUGCCAUUCAUGUAAGACUAUAAUGCAGCUUUCAUGCCGGUGCUUUACAUUAGUGAAGCAUUAUUGUUGCAUUCGUAGGAAAAAAAUGAAACUUGCUUUGUGUACUCGCACACAAAUCGCCUUGAAUAUUAUUUUGCUUCUGA